GCCAUCAUGAAAAUAUUUUUUGGAUGCAGAAAAGUGGAGAAGGAAGUUGGGGUCAACGGACGGGAAACUCUGAAUGUUGUGAUCAUCUCAUUUAGUUUUUUCUUUGUGUUUACGGCAUAUCUAGCACUCCAGAAUCUACAGAGCAGUCUAAACCAAGAGGAGGGACUGGGAAUAACAUCACUCUCCUUUCUCUAUGGUUUCAUAAUCCUGUCGUCCAUUCUGGCACCAUGGGUCAUAAAAUCACUGGGAAUCAAGAUUUCUCUACUCAUUUCAUGGAUCUCGCACAUUCUCUACACUUGCGCCAAUUUUUAUCCAACGUUUGCCACGCUUCUUCCGGCAUCUAUUCUACUUGGACUGAUUUCCGGACCUAUGUGGACCUCCCAAAGUGUUUACAUAUCCACAAAUGCGUACUCUUUCUCUGACCUGAAUAAAGCCGACAUUCACGCCACCCUCAGUCGUUUGAAUGGGAUUUUCUUUACCUAUUACGAACUCACGCAGAUCUCCGGAAACCUGGUGUCGUCUUUAGUGUUAAAUAGAGACAAAUACAACUCAACAUCAGCAUCAACACAGUUAUGUGGUUGUAAUGACUGUCCAGGUGUUGCCUUGGGAAAUGGGACAAGUAAAAUCGUAGAACCCUCUUCCUCCACGGUGUACCUUAUGCUUUCAAUUUUCUUAGCGUUUGAUGUCGUUGGAUUUUUGUGUACUGUGGUAUUUUUACCUUCAAUUCCAAAGAGUGAGUGGGCUGAGCAGUCCAAUACAAAAGAAUCAAUUACAGCCUGUUUUUCAGCUUUGUGGGAUCCCAAACUUGUCUUGCUCGUACCGUUUAUUUCGAUAAUGGCAAUGGAACAAGCCGUGCUGUGGACUGAUUUUACCAAGUCUUACAUAAGUUGUCCUUAUGGCAUACAAAUGGUAGGUUUUGUUAUGGCGAGUUAUGGCUGUGCUACCACCGUAAGUGCCUUUGUGACGUCAAGGAUAGCUAAGUACACCGGGCGAUAUAUUCUUUUUGGCCUAGCAGUUUGCAUUGACAUGACUAUCUUUGUCCUAUUGUUUGUCUGGGUACCCAAACCAGACCAGAAAGUGUACGUUUUUGCUAUUGCUGUAGUCUGGGGCCUAGCAGAAGGUAUAUUUCAAACUCAAUCAAACGCAUUAAUAGCGCUACUUUUUCCGGAGAAGACAGAAGCGGCCUUUGCAAACUAUCAUUGCACAAAGGCUGCCAGCUUUACUGUGUACUUCGUCAUCAGUUUAUACGUGUGCGUCAAAACCAAACUGGUCAUUGUCAUUGCUCUGCUUGCUGUUGGAUCUUUAUUGUAUGUCGGUGUUGAAGUUCAUGUACGUAGAAGAAAGGAAACCGAAAAGAAGUGAUUUAAAAAGUUUGUU